UCCAAUCGGCGUCCCCGCGCACAUUUAUAUUGUGCGACGUCGUUUGAUGCUUGUGUGCAUUAAGUUGGCGAAAAUCGUUAAAUAAUACGUGAAAUACAACAAAUGAAGCAUGGGUAAACUGACGCAAAUAUACCAAGCAACCAAUGGCACCAUUUGCUUUGCUGAGAAACAAUGGGAUGUGAUGCGCCUCGUGCAAGAAUCUUUGACGCGCUUUGAAGGCACCGCCAUUGUUGGCUUUACACCAUAUAAUGCAGCAUCUGUGUUCGUACGGCAGGCGGAAGCUGUAUUUGAAUUACCAACCCCAGAGAGUGAAGUCGACAGCAGCGAUACUGACAACGAAUGCGCUCCGUUGCUGGGCAGCCGCAAAUCAUGCGCCGAUAACAAAAAAGACAUUUUCUAUCACAAGAUCCAGGCAGAGCCCGACUCAUCAUCCGAUGAAGAACCAAAGCCUGAUACGUCAUUCGAUGAAGAGGCACAGUGUGUUUCGUCAGUCGAGGAACAGGCAGAGCGCGACUCAUCAUCCGAUGAAGAACCAAAGCCUGAUACGUCAUUCAAGGAAGAGGCACAGUCUGUUUCGUCAGUCAAGGAACAGGCAGAGCCCGACUCAUCAUCCGAUGAAGAACCAAAGCCUGAUACGUCAUUCGAGGAAGAGGCACAGUAUGUUUUGUCAGUCGAGGAACAGGCAGAGCCUGAUUCGUCACUCGAAAAAGAAGAGAAACGCCUGUCCGGUGAGCCUAAAGUCCAGCUCGUGAAGCCUUUCAAGCUUGAUGGCUUGAACGGAGAGGCCACUGCUGGUGCUACUUCGACUUACGACUACGAUAGUGAUGACGACGUAGGAGAGCAGCAGGAAGAGAAAUGGGACUACCGUGGUCAGGCCAUACCGAAGUGCUGUUUGACGGAUUCAGUGUACAUGGUGGAAAGACCUAGUAGUGCGGCGAUGCUGAACCAAAAACUACCCCGUUUCACCAUGUGUCCCAUGGAAAACGCCGACUACUUUAAAUUUAAAUUUAAAAUACUUGUAACCAAUGUGUAUAGCCCAUAUCAUUUUUGGUUCCAAUUCGCAGAGAAUCAUUUUGCUUUCGAUCUGGAAAAUCUGCACAUGGCGCUCAAUGACUUUUACAACAAAGAAAAUGUUAACAACUUGAGUUUCAACCAAUACCGGAUGCCAACUCCUCAAUUUUUCUUACGCCCUGGCUACAUUUGUGCCGCCCAAUCAAAUUGGGGUGGCUGGAAGCGGGUUCGCAUUGUUUCCGCACCGCAGGAGAAUGCUUCGCAUGUUUCCGUCUUCUAUGUGGACUAUGGCCGCCUGGAGCAGAUCUCGCGCAGCGAGCUGCGCUUUCUACCACAAAUUUACACCACAAUGCCGGCCAUGGCCGUUAGGGGAGCCCUCACGCAUCUCCAUCCGCUGGCUUUUAAGUGGCCUGCCGACGUAACGGCGACGUUCCGUGACUUAGUUACUUCUUCGCAGAGCUAUGGCCAAAUCAUUGAAGUGGACGACCUGGACUGUAUCUACUUCAUCAAAAUGUACAAAAGCAAACUCUCGGACGAGUCAAUGCACAGCUCUUUGAUUCGGAUGAAACUCGCGGGCGAAAGCGAUCACUUUUGCAAGCAAAAUAUCCAGAAGCAUUGUGGCCGCCGCAUUCGCUACAUUUGCGAGCGUCUUCCCUCCUUUAAAAUGCUCGAAACCGGUGUGGUUGCUAUAGAUGGCAGCGAUGAAGAUUUCAAUGGACUCAUGUCUUUCCCAUCGUAUUUCAAGAGAUUUGAGAUUCCCCCAAGCGACAAGCCACUUCGGCAGGACCUGGAAAAGGCGCUGCUAGACUGGAUUGUUGACUACAAAAAUGGGGAGAUGCCCUGGCGGAAACUGGAGAAGGAGGCCGCGCUCAAAGCCAAGGAGAAGAAUGAUCAGAAGUGGCUUUUCUAUAAAGAAAAACUGCAAAAGAAGCAGCUCCAACUACAGGCCAUAAAUCCACAGAUGGACGAGGAUUAGCACAUAGAUUACAUUGCCAAAAUAAUGGAGAAGCCAGAGAUGUGGCAGAGAGAGAAGCAGAACCAACAGAGCCUUGGGCCCUAGGGCGCCUGAUAUUACAAAAGGAAAAUAAUUUGUAAACACAAUUAAUUACAGUGUAGAAGCACUGUCCCUAAACAGAAUAUUAUCCUUCCUAAUUUUGUGUUUGUUUUUUUUUUGGCACUUUUUUUUUACUAUUUUACCAGCAACCAAGAAUGUUGCAGCGACUUAUUUUUAAUCAUCCAAAAUGAAAUAUAAAUUUGAAUAUAUUAUCUCUGAUUCUCUUCCUUUUCUCUGUUUUUGUCUGUCUGUAGUUGUGUUCCGCCGGUAGUUGUGAUUCCGUUUUGGGCAGUUGCCCUCUUGGACACGUGUCCGGUCCGCCAUUGGGCAGGUAAAUUGACGUCUCGGGAGUUACAAUUGCAAUUUUUUGGCUCUCACUCUCUC